CACUGAUUAGUUAUUGAACCACAAACAUAGAUCGUUGCAGAUAAGGAAUGGCGCCGACAUCCACUCGGGUGCUUCGUUCAUGGAUGCGCGGGGCUUUGGAAGAUGAGGGGAAAUCCCAUAUGCAUGUGUUUAUCGGAUCCACGGGGUUUAAGGGGAACAUGAGUACUAUAUAUAACGUGCUUGUAAGUUUUUCCUGAUCUCUUUCUUUCUUCCUUUUUGUUUUGGUGAUACAAUCCAUUAAACACCAAAUUUUUUAUGACCAAUUAACUAUACUAUGACAAUGUCUCAGCCCCAACCCUGGGAACUCCAAGCCCGCAAAGCCAAAAACAUUCUCGAAAACUCAAUCCCCAGACAAUGGCUUCUCCCAGAUGACAAACUUCCACCUGCCGAUGAAAAGAGCGUGAUGGACUUCCCGCGUAAAAGCGGGUUGCUGACUGAACGAGAACUCGACAUCACCGAGUUGUCUGCUACGGCGCUUGUAGAGGAGAUGGGAGCCGACAAAUUGAGUGCUGAAGAGGUUGUCGUUGCGUUUUUGAAGAGGUCUGUUUUGGGGCAUAAUUUGUUCAAUUUUGCAACGGAGUUUAUGGCGGAUAAGGCUAUCGCGCGAGCUAAAGAGCUUGAUGAAUAUUAUCGAAAGACAGGGGAGUUAGUCGGACCGUUGCAUGGCGUCCCAAUCAGCGUCAAGGAGCAUGUUGGCAUCCAAGGUCUAACCUGCAAUGCAGGCUUUGUGGCAUGGGUCGACCAAAUAGCAACCGAAGAUGCUUUACUCCUCCAAUGUCUAAAGAAAGCCGGCGCCGUUUUUCACGUCCGCACGAACCAACCCCAAUCCCUUAUGCACCUCGACUGCAGCAACAAUCUCACCGGCACGACUCUCAACCCCCACAACCGAACCCUCAGCCCUGGAGGUUCAUCAGGCGGCGAAGGCGCCUCCACAGGCUUCAAAUGCGCGCCUCUAGGCAUCGGAUCGGAUAUCGGAGGCUCCAUUCGUGCACCCGCUGCCUUUUGCGGUUCGUACGGAUUGAAAACGACGGCAUUGAGAAACCCUUUGGGCGGGGUUAGAGCCGCUGGGGGCGGGCAAGAGUCGAUAAGAGGUGUACUUGGGCCUUUGGCAAGUCAGAGUAUUGAGGAUUUAGAGUUGUUUCAACAGGUUAUUCUUGACCAGGAGCCGUGGGAUACUGAGACGAGCUUGAUUCCGAUGCCUUGGAGAAGGAUUAGGCCGACGAGAGAUAUUACUGUUGGUAUUAUGUGGGAUGAUGGAACCGUUUGUCCUCAUCCACCAAUUAUCAGAGCACUUCAAUUUGCAAAAGAAAAGCUCAUUGCAGCCGGUAUCAAAGUCGUCGACUGGGAACCCUACAAACACGACCACGGCUGGGACAUAGUGUCUGCCAUGUACUUUGCCGAUGGCACAGAAUCCCAACAGGCCAUCCUCAAGGAAUCCGGCGAACCCUACCGCCCCCUAACCAAGUGGGCUUUCCAAUACUCCUCCGGAACCCCCCUCACCGUCUCAGAGAACUGGGCCCUAAACAACGCCCGCGACCGCUACCGCGACGAGUACCACGCGCUCAUGAAAUCCCAUGGUGUAGACUUUAUUCUCACUCCGACGUAUCUGGGAGUUGCGGCUGUGCUUGGCGAGCCGCAGUACUGGAACUACACGGCUAUCUGGAAUAUACUCGAUCUGCCAGCUGUUGUGUUUCCGAGUGGACUUGUGGUUGAUGAAGAGCUGGAUAAAGCAGAGGAGGGGUACCAGCCGAGAAAUGUCGUUGAUGAGAGGGAGUGGAAGAAGUAUAGUCCUGAGCGAUAUGUUGGAGCGCCGAUUGCGUUGCAGUUGGUUGGGAAGAGGUUUAAGGAUGAGGAGGUUUUGGCGGCUGCUAAGGUGGUUAAAGGUGUUUUAAAUGCUGAUGCUAGUAGGAAGAUGAACUAGGGUUUUAGUAUUCACUGGUUAUCAAGCUCUGAGGAGGGUUAUUACUAUUCACUCCAGACCUAUUCCUAGUCAUUGUAUUAGUAUCCGUA